AACAUCACUUAAAUCAUAGAUCUUAACGCGUAUUUUAUGUGUUUGUGGACUUUAUCAUGUCCAAAUUGAAUGCCCUGGUGAUACGGAAAAUGCAAUAAGCAAGUUAUAUUGACUAAAUCAUUUACUGCAUAUCGGUCUGGAUAAUGAAGGUCUUGAUAGCAAUCGAUGGAAGCAAAUUUGCUAAAGACGCCCUGCAAUGGUACAUGAAAUACGUUCAUCUGAAAGAAAACAGGGUAACCCUGCUUCAUGUAACCAACCAUCAACAUAGUUUUGCGUAUAACACUUCAUUGAUACCAGGGGACCCAGAAUUAAUUCAAUUAGCGUAUCAGGAAGAGGAACAUAAAGCAAAGGCAGUAAUGGAUGAAAUGACGGACUUCAUCAGCGAAAACCAGAUUGAUGGCGAGGCUAUCCGACUGUUUGGGAAUCCUGGAGAACAAAUUGUUUCAAAAGCACGCGACAUCGACGCCACUUUGAUAAUCACAGGCAGUCGUGGUUUAGGUGUCAUCAGACGGACGGUGUUAGGCUGCGUCAGUGAUUACGUCAUUCAUCAUGCAGAUGUUCCAGUUCUUGUUUGCAAACAUUGAAGAAUAUCGGAUAUCCGAUUGUUUUCACUUUGUUUUAAAAUUUAAAAAUUUAAAAAUAAAAUGCAUCUUAAAGCAAU